CUCAUAUGGAAUGGCAGGCCGCGCCUCCGACGGGCCAUCAGCCUCCCUCCACAGGCUCCAUGUUUCGCGCCAUCAGCCGUCAACCAUCGUUUCCCUACCACUAUUGCCAUCGCCAAUGCACCACCACACAGCCGGAAAAUACUCCGUCGCGACGACGAUAGCAAAAACCAUGGGCACGCAAGCGUUGCUGGUCCUGCUUUUACUACUGACGGCAAUCCAGUCGGCCAGCGCUGGACUGUGCCCGGUGAGGUGCCGCUGCGACGACGAGUCCCUGCGCAGCAGCUGCGCCUACGGCAGCCUCGACAUCGUGCCCAUCCAACUGAACCCGGAGAUCCGGCACAUCGACCUGUCGGGCAACCGCAUAAGCGGCCUCCACAUGGCCUUCGAGUUCUACGAGAACCUCGAGUCCCUCGACCUCAGCUCCAACCUCAUCCACACCCUCGGCUCCAACAACUUUCGGGUCCAGCAGCGCCUCGUCAAGCUCAACCUCUCGAGCAACGCCAUCCGCACCCUCGCCAAGACGGCCCUCCACGGGCUGGCCGCCCUCAAGCACCUCGACCUCUCCAACAACAACAUCACCGACAUGGACGAGCAGGCCCUCCGCUACACCAGCGAACUCGAGCACCUCGACCUCAGCGGCAACCAGAUAACCAGUCUCCCGGCGGGUCUCCUGCGCAACCUCCACCGGAUCAAGAGCCUCGUGCUCAGCCGCAACAGUUUGCUCGAGUCACCGGCGGCGAACCUCGCCCUCACCCCGAGCCUCGAGCGCCUCGACUUCUCGGACAAUUUGAUCCAAGAACUGGGCAAGGACUCGCUGCCCUCCAUGCCCGGCCUCGUCCACCUCGACCUCUCCAACAACGUCCUACGGAGUAUAUCCGACGACGCGUUCGACCGCGUGCCCGGGCUGAGGAGCUUGUGGCUCGCGGGCAACAAUCUGACCUCCGUGCCGAGCCAGGCCCUCUCGAAGAUGAUCAUGCUGACGAGCCUGCUGCUCAGCCGGAACCCGCUGGGCGAGCUCAGGAGCCUGGCCUUCCGGAACCUCUUCGAUCUGAGGCAGCUCGAGCUCAACGACUGCUCGAUCGGCCGGGUCGAGGCCAGGGCGUUCGCCGACAACGUCAACCUCGAGAGGAUCUCCAUGGACGGGAACAGGGAGCUCGCCGAGUUGCCACCACGGGUACUCUAUGCGGCCGGGAACCUGAGGUGGGUGUCGCUGCGCCGGUGCCGGCUCUCCUCGCUCCAGCCGACGCAGUUCCCGGUCGACGGUUUAUCAGCGUUGCGCGUGGGCGGCAACCCCCUGGUGUGCAACUGCUCGGCUCACUGGCUGUGGAACGUCCUGCAAACGGCGGAGGAGCGAAAAAACGAGAGCAGCAGCUCCCACCUCGAGAUCGACAGCGGGGACAUCGUGUGCGCGGACGAGGAGUUCGCCGGUAAGCCGCUGAUCGGUUUGCCGGAGGCGUCGCUCAAGUGCCGGCUGAGCGCGUUGUACCUGUGCCUCCUGGUGUUGGGCUGUCUGUUGGCCACGGCCGCGGUACUCGGGCUCGUGGCUUACCUGGCGAGGCUCAAGAAGAGGAAACGCGUGCCCGCGUACGCCCCCUCGGCGAGGCCCGAGCUCCUCGUCUACGUCGACAGGGCCAACGGACAGCUCGCCGACAAGCACCACGAAUCCUACGGCAGGAGGAUCAUCGCCAGGGCGGAGGAUCUUGUCUACGAGGCCGCUCGUCCAGAUUACCAGCAGUGCCGGCGCAAGUCCGGCAGCGAGUCCUCCGAGUCGCGAGAGACGAACGUGUACGAGACCCCGCGCUACACGCGUCCCACCAGGCGGGACACCGACCAGACCUUCAACUCGUUCUACCAACAGCAGCAACCGCAACGGGCCCCGCCCACGCCACCUCCGUCCAACAACCUGCACUACACGAACGACACGCUGAUCAAGGCCACCAGCAACGGCGGCACGGCCUUGACGAACACUCGCACCUGUCACGUGCCACCACCCACCCAAGAGGGCGUCUACGCCGUCGCCGACGUGACGAACCUCGGGUCCGAACCUCUGGCCUCCGGCCCCGAGCUCAUACCCGCGCUCUACCGCAUGCAACAGCGGACCAACAACCACCAGCCCCCGUACGGCAGCACCCGCCGCUCCAACAAGCUCCAGGACUACGGCUACGAGCCCACCAUGCCCCCCCAAAAGCCCCACGUCGUCUUUGUCUGAGGGCUGGCUUUGCCAAAGCUUCGUUUCUAAACUUGUAGGCACGGAGCGGGGGAUGUGACGAAGAAAAAAACAAAAACAAAAAAACCAGUAAUAAUUAGGGAAGCGCGUGCGCUCGAGUUGCCAAAUCGCGGCAGAGCUCGGCUCUGUCCAUAGCUUUUUUUCCGUCGGAGCCGAGGGUUGCACCUCUGGCGCCGUUUGUUUUUUUCAUUGAUACAGAAGUUGCGUCGAAUUUUUCGAGGUCCCUACAUUGGGUAUCGUUGUUUUUAUGUUUUAUGUUUCAUUUGGUAAACCAUAUAUAUU